GAGCCAGAAAGGGUGAGGCGAAAGUCUGGCGCAGCCAAGCCCGCUCCGAUCCCUCUGAGGCUGGGGAACCCCGACGGAGACGGCCGCCUUUUGACAAGAGUCUGCAAGGGGACAAUGCGCUGGGAGCCAAAGGGGAAUCAGGUUCCCACGAGCUACGUCAACUCUUCCACCAGUUUCGUUGGGACGAGGAGAGGGAACCGGGGCUUGGAGAAAAGGAAGGGAGCGGUCCCAGAUGCCUGAGCCUGGAAGCAGCCGUUGACAGGAUGUUUGCUAUGCACCCUCCCAAUGCUUCUCAAGCCCCUGCCAUUCACCUAGUGAACAGUUCCUCCUUGGGUCUUACAGAGCUGGUGAAGACUCCACCAAGUGCUUCUUCUCCCGCUGCCCCCAUCUUCUCAAUGACCUUGGGGGCAAUCUCUAAUAUUGUGGCCUUGGUAAUCCUAGUGCAGUCCUACACCCGCUUCAGGCGUCGUUCCAAGGCCACCUUCCUGCUUUUUGCCAGCAGCUUGGUUAUCACAGACCUAGCCGGCCAUGUCAUCCCAGGCUCCUUUGUGUUGCAACUGUAUGCCACACAGCGUAACUGGACAGCCAUGGAUCCUUCUAAAGCGCUCUGCCAGUUCUUUGGCGCUUCCAUGGUAUUCUUUGGACUAUGCCCUCUCUUUCUGGGCUUCAUGAUGGCCGUGGAGCGUUGCAUUGGCAUCACUCGUCCUCUGCUUCAUGCUUCAAUGGUCACGCCAGGCCGAACAAAGUUUUCCUUGGUAGGACUGUGGACUAUUGCUCUUGCCAUUGCCCUGUUGCCUCUCUGCAGUUUUGGGAAAUAUGUUGUACAGGCCCCAAACACUUGGUGUUUUAUCAAGGUGAAAGACGCAGAAGAAUGGUCCGAGAUAGCUUUUGCCCUGCUCUUCUCCCUUUUGGGAUUGGCCUCUCUGGUAGCCUCUCUGAUCUGCAACACAUUCAGUGGACUCAUUCUGGUGCGAGCUCGUCUCCGUGGUCAGCGCAAAUGUGGUCGGCGGAGAGCCAAAGCUCAUGACAUUGAAAUGGUUGUACAGCUUGUGGGCAUCAUGGUGGUUUCCUGUAUUUGUUGGAGUCCAUUAUUGGUCAUUGUCAUCUUAUCAGCAAGCAACUCUCAUAAAGUUCUGAAUUAUGAUCAGCUGCUGUUCCUUGGUGUGCGCCUGGCCUCCUGGAACCAGAUCCUGGACCCAUGGGUAUAUAUAUUGCUACGGCGCGCAGUGCUGCGCAAGCUCCUGGCUCUACUUCUAAGGCGCCCUGACCUCAAAACAACACAGUUUGACCGCUGGGAGGCCAGCUCCUUCCAGAGCUCUGAGCGCAGUGUUGCUGCUGGUCGCAUCUAGUAUUGGGUGGAGCAAACAAGAACUGAUUGACUUGAAAGCACUUUGAACCGUCCUGGAAUUCAGAAUCUAGCAAUCUUG